UUUGACACGUCGCCGACAUGUCAGCCGACGUUUCGCCUUUUUUCGACAAUCGCCAGCCACGAAUUCAUUCAUAACAAGAUGUCCGCAAAGACGAACAAGGCUUUCACGAAAGAGGAAGAGCUGCUGCUGCAGGAUUUCAGUCGAAAUGUCUCUACAAAAUCUUCGGCUCUAUUCUACGGGAAUGCUUUCAUUGUAUCUGCUAUUCCCAUAUGGUUGUUCUGGAGGGUGCACGCUCUUGAGGUGAGCUCGUCCCUGGCGUGGUUCGGCGUGGUGACGGCGGCCUGCACCUGGUUUCUAGCGCUGGCGUACCGCAACACCAAGUUCCAGCUGAAGCACCGCGUGGCGGUGAAGCGCGAAGACGCCGUGGCGCGCGAGAUGUCGCGCAAGCUUGCCGAUGACAAGAAGAUGAGCAGGAAGGAGAAGGACGAAAGGAUCCUGUGGAAGAAAAAUGAGGUGGCCGACUAUGAAGCCACCACCUUCUCCAUCUUCUACAACAAUGCCCUGUUUCUGGCCAUCGUGAUCCUCAGCAGCUUCUACCUGCUGCGCUCCUUCACACCCACUGUCAACUACAUUGUAUCCCUGACAACGGCAUCCGGGCUCCUGGCCCUUCUCUCAACGGGAACCAAGUGAAUUGAACACUGAGUGUUGUGUUUGUGAUGAAAGUUGAGCGCAAAUCUCCUCCGACACCGGGAGUGUACACUUUAGAAUUAAUAUUUAAGACAAGUUGUUCGUAAUUUAAUAAUAAAACAAUCUAAACAGUC